UUGCCGGGAGUACUGACCUCAGUGGGACCAGAACCCGGUCUAAAUGAGACGCCACGUCCCUGGGAAAAAGGGUUGAGCUGUAUAAUAAUUAAUAGCCAGCAGUAAAGUUUAGGCUCGCGCGCAAUAAAUGGAAGUUAACGCAGUGUCCUCGUAGGGAGAGAGAGAGAGAGAGAGAGAGAGAGAGAGAGAGAGACGUCAGGAUUGUAGAGCUGAGCUCAGACUGAGGGAAUAGUGAAGGUUGGUCCUCAUUUCCCAGUCUCCCCCGCGUCCCAGAGCUCAGCUGCCUUCUUCUUCCAGUCCGGACCGACCAACCGAGCCGCAUCUGAAGCGUGUCGCGGCGKCUUCGCGAGGACGGAGGAGCCGGGCAGGACUGGAGCUCCACUGCGGUCAUGUAGUGUCUUCACAUGACAUGGAUAUCCGAUGGCACAUGGGUGACUUAUCGAGACGCUAGGUGGUGACCCAAAAAGAAAAGCAGAGCAGCUUAAUCUCAGACACACCUCUGAUGCCUCUGGCCAGUCUGAGCUCAUGUUGUCUGCUGGCUGGGAUAAACUAGUGGCCGGGCCAGAGAGCACAGUGUUUUCACACACAGCAAAGCCCACACAGGAUGUCGUGGGCCAGAAGCCUCUUUGUAGGCAGAGAGAAUGAGCAAAAGACAGCGUGGGGUGAGCGAAAUGGCAAAAAGAGGAAGGACAGCUCGUCACUAUGCAACCCACGUUACAUGAGCUGCCUGAGGGACCCGGAGGACUCAGAGAUCCCUAAUGCGGCCCCUCAGCAUUACCACUGCGAAGCAGGUACCAGCGGAAGCAGCUUUGGCCUGCGCUGUGGGUGGCAGGAGGACCACUAUGGGAAAAGGCUAGUCGGUGGCCGAGACCUGGGUCUAAAAGGCGCAGACCUGGGGUUUGAAGACGGCGAGCUGAAGGACGCGACAAAAGACGAAUCGGACGAAGCAGCAGAGGGCAGCUGUAAGAGGAUGAGCGCAGCAGACUGCUGGAUGGGGCUUUUGUGGGUUUUCCAAUCCAAAAAGUUUCAGUCUGCCAAGCUGGAACGUCUGUACCAGCGCUAUUUCUUCAGACUCAACCAGAGCUCUCUGACGAUGCUGAUGGGGGUGCUGGUGGUGGUGUGUGGAGUCAUGCUCACCUUCCACUGCGUCCACACGAGCCGCAACGUGGCCUACAUCUCAGUGCUGUCGGUGGCCACGGCGCUCUUCCUCACCAUGAUGUUUGCGUGCAACUGUUACGGCUUCCACCAGGACUACAUGUGGAUCGUGAACUACCUGGUGAUCGGGGUUCUGAUUGUAUUGCAGGUUUUCGGGGUACUGAUGGUGUCCCCCCGCAGUGCCUCAGAGGGCAUUUGGUGGACAGUGUUCUUCAUCUAUAUAAUCUACACUCUGCUGCCGGUCCGAAUGCGAGCCGCGGUUCUUAGCGGGACCGUCCUGUCCACCAUUCACAUCGUCACCUCCUGGCAGCUCAAUCAGGACGACCAGUUUAUUUUCAAACAGCUCAGCGCCAACGUGCUGAUCUUUAUGUGCACCAACAUGAUCGGGAUCUGCACCCACUACCCUGCUGAGGUCUCUCAGAGACAAGCCUUUCAGGAGACGAGAGGAUACAUUCAGGCCAGACUGCACCUGAAGAGGGAAAACCAACAGCAGGAGCGCUUACUCCUAUCAGUACUGCCAAAGCACGUUGCCAUUGAGAUGAAGGCUGAUAUCAGUGCCAAGAAGGAAGAUAUGAUGUUUCACAAGAUCUACAUCCAAAAGCACGAUAACGUGAGCAUACUGUUUGCCGACAUCGAAGGCUUCACCAGCCUGGCGUCCCAGUGCACGGCGCAGGAGCUGGUCAUGACGCUGAACGAGCUGUUCGCCCGUUUUGACAAGCUGGCCUGGGAGAACCACUGCCUGCGCAUCAAAAUCCUCGGGGACUGUUACUACUGUGUUUCGGGGCUGCCCGAACCCCGGGCCGAUCACGCCCACUGCUGCGUAGAGAUGGGGGUAGACAUGAUUGAGACCAUCUCGCUGGUAAGAGAAGUGACAGGUGUUAAUGUGAACAUGCGGGUGGGCAUCCACAGUGGGCGCGUUCACUGCGGCGUGCUGGGCCUGCGCAAGUGGCAGUUYGACGUCUGGUCGAACGACGUGACGCUUGCCAACCAAAUGGAAGCCGGGGGCAAAGCGGGACGCAUCCACAUCACCAAAGCCACGCUGCAGUACCUCAACGGAGACUAUGAAGUAGAGCCGGGGUUUGGAGGGGAGCGGAACGCUUACCUGAAGGAGAACAACAUUGAAACCUUCCUGGUGCUCGGCUGCACCCAGAAAAGGAAAGAAGAAAAAGCCAUAUUGGACAAGUUGCAGCGAGAACGCACCAAUUCUGCAGAAGGACUGAUGCCGCGAUGGGCGUCUGAUCGAACAUUCUCCAGAACAAAGGAGUCUAAAGUCUAUAAGAAGAUGGGCAUCGAAGCAGCRUCCAGCAAAGAAAACCGCUGUGUUCAGGAGACUUCGAAUCCAGAGGAUGAGGUGGACGAGUUCCUCAAGCGGGCUAUCGACGCGCGCAGCAUCGACCAGCUGAGGAAGGAUCACGUCAAGAAGUUUUGGCUCACCUUUCAGAAACCCGACCUCGAGAAAAAGUAUUCCAAAAAGGUUGACGAUCGUUUGGGAGGAUACGUGGCCUGCACUCUCGGUGUCUUCUUUUUCAUUUGUUUCAUUCAGAUAAUCAUUUUCCCAAAAACACCACUUAUGCUCGGUCUUUACAUCAGCAUCUUCAUCAUCCUCGCCAACAUCCUUUUUAUCUGUUCCAUCUAUUCCUGCAUUAAACGCUUCCCAGCUGCCUUUCAGACUCUUACCAAGAAAAUAAUCCAGUCCCGAUCAAACAGCACACUGGUGGGCGUCUUCACCAUCCUCCUCCUCUUCAUCUCUUCCUUUGCUAACAUGUUUGCCUGCAGCAGAGAGAAACUGGAGAACUGCGUGACAAAAAACCUGAACAGCACAGCGACUCUUUGCCUGCUUCACAACCUGACCAAAACAGCUGAGGAUGGUUUGACUCUGUGUUCCAGUCAGACUCGGCCGUGUCAUUUCCCAGAGUAUUUCAGCUACAGCGUACUGCUGACCCUGCUGGCCUGCUCCGUGUUCCUCCACAUCAGCAGCAUCGGGAAGCUGGCCCUGAUGCUGCUCAUUCAGCUCGUCUUCCUCGUGCUGGUGGAGUGGCCUCAGGUGGCCCUGUUUGACAACGCUGACCUGCUGGUCACUGCCAAAACGCUGCAAUUAUCACCUGUUAAUGAUUCGCUGCAACAACUUAGUUUCAAUGAAACUGCAAAACAGUGCCUGGAGAAUGUGACUAAAGUACCCCUAAAGGUCAUGAUUCCCGUAAUCCUGAUGGUUUUUGUUCUAGCUCUCUACUUGCAUGGCCAGCAGGUGGAGUCUACUGCACGCCUGGAUUUCCUCUGGAAGCUGCAGGCCACAGAGGAGAAGGAGGACAUGGAGGAGCUGCAGGCGUACAACCGCCGUCUGUUGCACAACAUCCUGCCCAAAGAUGUCGCCGCCCACUUUCUAGCACAAGAGCGUCUCAAUGACGAGUUGUACUAUCAGUCGUGUGAGUGUGUCGCCGUCAUGUUCGCCUCCAUCAGCAACUUCUCAGAGUUUUAUGUGGAGCUGGAGGCAAACAACGAAGGGGUGGAGUGUCUGAGGCUGCUCAAUGAGAUCAUCGCAGACUUUGACGAGAUCAUUAGUGAAGAGAGGUUCCGUCAGCUGGAGAAAAUCAAAACCAUCGGCUCCACCUACAUGGCAGCCUCCGGCCUCAACGACUCCACCUACGACAGAGAGGGCCGGUCGCACAUCCUGGCUCUGGCAGACUACGCCAUGAGGCUCAGGGAGCAGAUGAAAUACAUCAACGAGCAUUCCUUCAACAACUUCCAGAUGAAGAUAGGAUUGAACAUGGGGCCUGUUGUAGCCGGGGUGAUUGGAGCCAGGAAACCACAGUACGACAUCUGGGGAAACACAGUCAAUGUGGCCAGUCGAAUGGACAGCACCGGAGUACCAGACUACAUCCAGGUGACCACAGACCUGUACCACGUGUUGGCCAACAACGGAUACCAGCUGGACUGUCGCGGCCUCGUCAAGGUGAAGGGGAAGGGGGAGAUGACCACCUACUUCCUCACCAGCGGCCCCCCGGGUAGUUAACGACGUGUCGACCGACCAGAGGGGGCACUCCCACUGCGUUGAUGAGACCGAGUGCUCAGCUUGACGAUGAGCACAGUUCAGACACAGCGGGGACGGGGGGACGAGGCCGACAGAGACGGGUCCACGCGCUUGACCCUCUCUCAGAUGCACACACGUAGGUCGUUGAUCGCGUCCCGAGGCUUUAUCUCGAGCCGUCCAAGAGAUCACGAAGCCCAGUUGCCUUAGGAUGGAAGUGGCUAUGCUUGUGUUAAGGAGCAAUAGUACAACUAUUUCAUCUGGAGCCUUUAUUUAUUUUUGUGUCACAAAAAAAGCAAAACAAAACUGUCUUUUUUGGGGGAAAUAAAUGUAUGCAAGGAAUCGUGAUGGAGAAGAAUAACCAAAGAACAAACAAUUGAUUUGGAUCACACUGAUAAUUCUGCUCAAGAGUACAACAAACUCAGCUCUAAUAUUCCUCUUUGAAGAGCAAAGGCCACGGUAACGUCUUGUCAUUGACAGGGUUGAACUCCUCAUUUUGUUGUUGAUUGAGAAGAACGCACAGAUAUGCAGACUGAAAACACAAUAACCUUGAUUUGGACUUUUGUGUUUCUUAUCAGGGCCUUUUUUUUCCCCUUUGUUCUUUCCAGUCUGAUCAUCCACAAGACUGUUUGUAGUUUGGUCAAAUGUACGACCGAACACUCGUUCUCUGCCAUGGAUUUAGAGUUUGAGGAAAAAAAUCAAGAAGUGCAAAAUGAAGAAGGAAGAGUUGUGUUCAACAGAGAUUGUAAACUCGUUAUAAAGCAUUUUACGUGUGUGUGAGCUCUGUAUGUGUGUUUGGGCACAUGUUACUGAGUGCUGAUCUGUAAAGGGGCCUACCGAAACUUUUCACUGUGAGAUUUUUUUAUGAUCUGCUUUCUUGCCAAACGUUUUUGCUGCGAAGGCACGUUUUAUUCGUCAUAGCUGUGUGUCCAUUCCUAAUUUUUUUUUUGAGUCAGAACRAUGUUUUUAAGAGGAUUAUGUCCCUUUAUGCGCCUUUGCCCGACUGUGAUUUAUGACUGACUUCAUUCCAAAUGAAACAGAAGCUGCGUUUUGGAGGAGAUCGGGUUUAGAAGUGAACGACUCUGAAGAUGAAGUGCACAGACUCUCCGUCUGCUAUUUGCCUUUGAUAAUAAUAUUCAGCACCAACGUCAGCGUACUUCAUGGGCCAACAUUCACAACAUUAUCAGUAUUUGACCCCAGUUUGUAGACGAACACAAGAAACUUGUUUGAAGCUAWAUGAUUAAAUGAAUGUAUGCAAUAAUGAAGAUUUUUUUGUUCACACUACUGAAAGAAGCUUUUAGGUCAAACACUUUGUACUAUUCAUCUGCUAAAGGAAUAGUCCCAGGCUCUGAAAUGCUGAUCAGAUAAUCAUAUUUUCGUUGUUUGUUUCUGUCCUUUUAAAGAGGAAAAAGCCAAGUAAACACAUUUGCAAUCAACGUUUAAAACAACGGGUGCAAUGAUCGAUUCACUUAUAUUCCUUUAUUAAAAGAAAUCAAUAAAUGUCUCUUUUUUUUGCA